UCUGUCUCUUGGUUCUCCCAAAGCCUUCUCUUACUAUCUUUCCCUCUUGUCAUUUUGACAAACUAUACAUACCACUACUAUACUUGUGUCUUCUACCAUACUCAUCGGCUUCAAAUCCCUCAAUCAUGGUACCUUCCUCUACACUUCCCUCCUCUGUUAAUUUGGCUGCUUCUGAUCGGUCCUGGUUCUUCUUCUAUAAGCAGCCCUUUCUCAGAACACCAAUUAAUGUUGUUCGCUCUGCUUUACAAUCUCCUCCAUUGCUCGAUUUCCCAAAAAGCCCCUCUCCUGAUCAACCUCUAAUUUCCAAACCCCAAACUCUCCGUACUCCUCCACCCAAACCAAAACCCCCACCUCUAUGGAAUCCGAUCCAGAAAGUAGCAGCAAUGGCGUUAGACGCGGCCGAGAGCGCAUUAGUCUCUCGUGAACUCCAACAUCCACUUCCGAAAACCGCCGACCCAAGAGUCCAGAUCGCCGGAAACUUCUCUCCGGUGCCGGAACAGUCCGUAUGCCAUUCCCUCCCCGUCACUGGCACUAUCCCCGACUCCAUCAAUGGGGUUUAUGUCCGAAACGGUGCUAACCCGUUAUUCGAACCCGUUUCUGGGCACCACUUGUUCGACGGCGACGGCAUGGUCCACGCCGUUUCGAUAAGCGGCUGCUCUGCUAGUUAUGCUUGCCGGUUUACUCAGACGGAGAGAUUCGUUCAGGAACGGGAGCUAGGCCGGCCGGUGUUCCCCAAGGCCAUCGGCGAGCUCCAUGGGCAUUCGGGUAUAGCCCGACUCCUCCUCUUCUACGCUCGUGGACUGUUCGGCCUCGUCGAUCACCACCACGGCGUGGGCGUCGCCAACGCCGGCUUGGUUUACUUCAAUGGCCGCCUCCUCGCAAUGUCAGAAGACGACCAUCCUUACCACGUCCGAAUAACUCCUUCCGGUGAUCUCGAAACCAUAGGCAGAUACAGUUUCGAAGACCAGCUCAAAUCGAACAUGAUUGCUCAUCCGAAGGUCGACCCAGACACCGGCGAGUUAUUUUCCCUGAGCUAUGACGUCGUCUCGAAGCCAUACCUCAGAUACUUGAGCUUCUCGCGGGACGGAAAGAAAUCACGAGACGUGGGGAUCCCUUUACCAGUUCCUACAAUGAUUCACGACUUUGCAAUUACCGAGAACUUCGUGGUGAUUCCAGACCAGCAAGUGGUGUUCAAGCUCCAAGAGAUGAUCACAGGAGGAUCUCCGGUGAUCUACGACAAGUCCAAGAAAUCGCGGUUCGGGAUUCUCGCGAAGAAUGCGAGAAACGCAUCGGAUAUCAUUUGGAUUGAAUGCCCAGACACGUUCUGCUUUCACCUCUGGAACGCUUGGGAGGAACCGGAGAGGAACGAAAUCGUCGUUAUCGGCUCGUGCAUGUCCCCGCCGGAUUCCAUUUUCAACGAAAGCGACGAGAAGUUGACAAGCGUCUUAUCAGAAUUUAGACUAAAUCUCACCACCUACGAGUCAACACGCCGCCCCGUUACCUUGGAGCAAAUGAACCUGGAAGCAGGAAUGGUGAACCGGAACCGACUGGGGAGGAAAACCCGGUUCGCUUAUCUCUCGAUAGCAGAGCCAUGGCCGAAGGUGAGUGGAUUUGCGAAGGUGGAUUUGAUGACAGGGGAGGUAAAGAAAUACAUGUACGGCGAGGAAAGAUACGGAGGAGAGCCAUUUUUCUUGCCAGGGAAGAAGGGCAGAGAAGAAGACGAAGGGUAUGUUCUGUGUUUUGUUCACGACGAGAAGACAUGGAAGUCGGAGCUACAGAUCGUGAACGCGGAGGAAAUGAAGGUGGAAGCCACCGUGAAGCUUCCGUCGAGAGUGCCUUACGGUUUUCAUGGGACGUUCGUGGACGCCAAGGAUUUGGCCAAGCAGGCGUAGGGCAACGGAGCACAGUUAUUAAAGUCAUAUUUUUGUCAAUAUGGGUGAAUAAAUAAAUAACUCAAAAAGUGAAAUUGUCGAAGAGGAUGGAUUGACUAGCUAAAUGUCCUCCUCAGCCAACUGCAUAUAUUACAGUGCAUCGGUAAAUUACAGUGAAA